CGUUACUUGUGCAGGACUGUAUGUAGUUUGUGUAGUUUUAGGCUUCGUGUGUAAUACUGAACUGAAAGAGCUUUGGCCAGUGAGCUGGAUAGCCUUUUGCAGACUCUUCUCUAAAACAAAGAGCAUUUGCAUGUAAGGUGAAGCUGCAGGCUGGUUUAAUAAUAAAGAAAAGAGAGAUCAGAACAAGAUCAGAACAAGAUCAGAACAAGAUCAGAACAAGAUCAGGGCUGUUUCAUAACACAAGCUGAUCUGUAGGAUUUGGGUGAAGAGUUCAUGUUUGGUUUGUUUCUCAGAUUGGAUGGAGCUCCUCUGUUAGACUGGGUUAAACCCUGAAACAGUGAGAUGCUUUGAGCAAAGAACGUCGUCGAGAAAUAACCUGGACGUCCAGCGUUCUUCUGUUUUUGGACCCGUGGACAUAUCUAAACUGAUUUCUGAAGCAGGCAUCUGUAGCUGUAAGUGAACCCCGAAAAAGCAUGGAUGCUCUGGAGACUCUAGCGGGCUCCGCGCUGGAGUCUAAAGCUGAGCGUAUCGCCCGCUACAAAGCAGAAAGGCGGCGCGAGCUGGCUGAGCGCUACGCCAAACUAGAGGAUGUCACCUCCAAGUACCCCAGGAGAGAGAAGCGGGAUAAUCGGGAUAAUGCAGAUGUUCCGGACAUGGCCUCCAGCUCAGAGAAGAAAAAGGAUGUGACUGUUAGUGCACAGGGUUGCUCGGAUGAAGCUCAUUUCGUGGAAGGAGAGAAGGAUGUGCAGAACAAUUUCACAAGGAAACAGGAAACUAGCAGAGCUCGCCGCGGUUUGCUGGACGCAGAGGAAGUCAAGACAGUGAAGGCUGAUAGCGGAGAGGAUGACGGCUCCGAGACGAAUCCGUCUGCCAGGACGUCUCACUCUAAAGCUCUGGAGACAUCCGAAACAUCUUUCACCUCUAAGACACUUUCGGACGAUGCCUUACAGGACGGAUUCCGUGUCAGGAGACACAGAGAGCCAAUCAGCACUCAGGAUGGUCUGACCACAGACAGUCGAUCCUCGUCCGCGUCAGCUGAGGAGAAGAAGCCGGAUGAAGACAGGGAAGGUGGGGGGCUGGAAAAUAGAAAGGAGAAGCAGUCAAGCAUGGAAAAAGAAGCGAAGCUUGAUGAGGAGCAGGAUGAAGAACAGCAUGAGGAGCAGGAGGAGAAGAGUGAGAAACCCGUUCUUCAGGACCUGUCCAGUAAAGCUUCACACGGUACCCAUGAGCCCCACUCAGAGCCUGCCCCUGCACCUGAGAAGGUGGAGGAGGAAAAGGAGCACAAACUGGUCACUCCCAGUCUACAGAGACAGGAUUCAUAUACCCUGAGGAGCAUCCUGAAGAAGAGUCGAUCCACCAGUUCAGAAUCUGAGUCGGCAUCAGAGAGGAAUGAAGCUCAUGGAAGAGGACAGGAGGAGAAGAAUCAGGAGGAGAAGAAUCUGGAGGAAAAAAAUCAGGAGGAGAAGAAUCAGGAGGAGAAGAAUCUGGAGGAAAAAAAUCAGGAGGAGAAGAAUCAGGAGGAGAAAGAAGAAGCUGUGGAGAAAAUGGAGGUGGAUAAAGGGGUGAAGGUUGUGGAGAGAGCGAGCAGCAGCUGUAGUGAUGAACCCCGGUCUCCGUCUGUUUGUACGUCUGAGGGCGAGGAGCUGGACAGCAGCAGUCUGAACGGCAGCAUGAGCCCCUCUUUUAAUCAGAGACUGGCUGAGCUGUCAGGCAACGAUGACGACUUGCGCAGUAAGGUGGGGAAAAACAAAGCCAGCGAUCUGGUCCAGACGUCCCUGGCUGAUCGUUUUAACCAGCUGCAGGACUCUGAGAACGCCUGGAGGAAAAAGAAAUCAUCUUCGGAGGUCGAGACGAAGCUGUCCCUGGCUGAGAGGAUGAAGAUUUUGCAGGAGAAAGAGGAGCAGUGGAAAGUUAAAGGAAAAGGAGCCGCCAACGACUCCACCCAGUUCUCGGUGGCCGGGCGCAUGGCUAAAAGAGGUCUUGUAUCCCCCAACAGAGAGGACUUGCCUGUUAUCCUCAGCAAGAAAGCAAGCAACAGUACACCAAUUAAACCUUUAGAAGAAAUCGCCACUCGACCCGACGCUGAAGGUGACAAGAGGCUGGACAAACUGGAGUCAUUUUUAGACAGACUACACAAUAAAGGUGAGCAGAGCAGCAAGUCGUCCACCGUUGAGGUGACGGAGGAGCAGGAGAAGGAGGUCAUGACCCUGGACGACGACGAGACGUUCGGACGCUUUUAUAAACCCAUGUCCCCUUCGGCUCUGACCCCCGGCGUGCUUUUGGCCAAGGAGGAGGAUUUCAGUGCUCUUCAGUUUGAUUCACCGAAGUUGACCUCAUCAGUGGCGGAUCACAAACGCUCAGUGAGACCCUCCCGUAAAGCAAAGGCCUCGAAAAACCCUCUGCGAGCCCUGGCAGCACGAGAUGACCUCCGGCAGGCUUACACAGAGCAAAGAACCAACGUAGCAACCUUAGAGGCCAAGAGGAUACAAGUGGAGCGGAUGGCCAAACACUCGAGGCUGGCCGGCUGUGCUUUGGCUGGUUUGGCCAGUAAGGAAAACUUCAAAAAUGUCAACCUGCGCAAUGUCAAAUCCACUGAGGUGGUGACCAACAACAGCGCCGUGCCCUUCCACAAGUUAAUGCUCAUCCACAUUAAAGGCCGCAGACACAUUCAGGUGCGUCUGGUGGAGCCCACAGCUCGCUCGCUGAACAGCGGGGAUUGUUUUCUGCUAAUUACCCAGAAUCACUGCUUCCUGUGGUCUGGAGAGUUCGCCAACGUUAUCGAGAAGGCCAAGGGCUCGGAGAUGGCACAGUUUGUCCAGGCUAAGCGAGACCUCGGCUGUAAGGCACCACAGGUCACCGUGCUGGAGGAGGGCAUCAACACGGACAGUCGCUCGGCUAAAGACUUCUGGAAACUUCUCGGAGGACAGACUGAAUACAGAGCUGCUGGAGAGCCAGAGGAAGAUGAACUGUAUGAGAGUGGCAUCAUGGAGUCGAGUGGUAUCUACAGGGUGGUGGAAGAAAAGCUGGUGCCCUGUGAGCAGGCCUGGGCAACGAUUCCCUGCGUAUCUUUACUCAACUCUAAAGAGGCACUGGUGUUUGAUUUUGGCAGUGAGGUGUACGUGUGGACAGGGAAGGACGUGGCUCUGAGUGACAGGAAGGUGGCCGUGCAGCUGGGUAAACAGCUGUGGGGCGGAGCCUACGACUACAGCACCUGCAGCAUCAACCCUCUCGACUGGUCCUCAACCAACGCUAACACACCUCAACAGGGUGAGGGCAGACCCGGCUGGGCUCUGUUUGGAAGGCUGUCAGAGCAUAAUGAAACAGCUCUGUUCAGGGAGAAGUUUCUGGACUGGGCUGAGCGCAAACCAGUCAAAGACGAGCCAGCAGUGGAGGAGGUAAAGAGUCCAGUGCAGCUGCGACACACCCCUAUCCAGGAGUCGGAAUUAAAGCCGUGUGACGUAAAGCUGCUGCUGGACGGUGGAGAAAAUGCCAUGAAAAUGAUCUUAGAGAGUGUGGAUGUGCAGAGAGGAUACGGAUUGGUCAGUUCGGAAGACGGGCGGCAGGCUCAGUUGGCCACCCUGGCAGUGGAUGCCUGGCACAUCCAGGAGUUUGAUGACUUUCAGAUUCCUGCUGAGAGUGUGGGUCAACUGCACGAGGGUGACACUUAUGUUAUCCGCUGGAAGUACUCCAUCACCAGUGUGGUGGGUAAGAGGCAGAAGCCCGGUGAGUUAAGUGCCACAGCGCCGGGCAGAGAGCGCAUCGCUUGCUUCUUCUGGCAGGGCCGUCACUCCAGCGUGAGCGGGCGUGGUACGUCGGCUCUCAUGACUGUGGAGUUGGGAAACCAGCGUGGGGCGCAAGUGCUUGUAACACAGGGGAAAGAACCACCCUGCUUCCUGCAGCUCUUUAAGGGAGGAUUAGUUAUCCACCAAGGCUCCAGAGAGGGCAGUGCCAACAACACAGGUGGUUGGAGGUUGUUCUGCGUCUGCGGCGAGACCCCAGACGAGGGCUCUCUGACCGAGGUGGAGUGUCGCAGUGCUAGUCUGCGUUCUCGAGGCUGUUUGCUCCUGCUGGGUGUUCAUCAGAGACAGCUGUACCUCUGGCAGGGCUGCAAAUUACACCCGGGUGCCUGCGAAGUAGCCAGGAGGACCGUGGAGCGCCUCAAGGACACAUGCCUUCCGGAGCUCGGCUUGAACAGUAACAGCAGUCUGAAGGUGCAGGAGAUGGAAGAGGGUUCAGAGACGCAGGAGUUCUGGGAUGCGCUCGGCGAGAAGGACAGGAAAACAUAUGACUGUAUGCUAGAAGAUCCCGGGAAAUACAACUUCACACCUCGUCUUUUCCGCCUGAGUGCCAGUUCUGGAAGUUUUGAGGGAGAAGAACAGCUGAGUCCCUCCCGAGUGCCCGGCUCUGUGAUGGCCAUGCCUUUUCUACAGGAGAAUCUUUACUCCAGUGCUCAGCCAGCUCUCUUUCUGCUGGAUAACAGGAUGGAGGUGUACCUGUGGCAGGGUCAGCAGCCAGAAGAUGAUGAGUGUACUGGUUCAGCCCAGAUCCGCUGGGACAACGAGAGAAAGUGUGCUAUGGAGACCACACUUCAGUACUGUAAAGCUAAAAACUCCAGACGUCCCCCUCAAGCUUAUCUUAUACUGGCGGGAGCGGAACCCCUCACCUUUACUAAUAUCUUCCCUUACUGGGAGAAAGAUCCCAACCUCAAAGUGCAGGGCGUGAGGAAUAAAGUGGUUCUGGUGGAAGACGCUCUGCUGAAGCUCAGUAAGAACCAGUACUCUUUGAAGGAGCUGACCAGCAGGCCGCUGCCGGAGGGAGUGGACCCUCUGCGCCUCGAGCUCUACCUGUCCGAUGAAGACUUUCAGACGGCCCUGGAGAUGACCCGAGAUGAGUUCAGCACUCUCCCCAACUGGAAACAGCUAAACCUCAAGAAGAGCAAAGGCCUCUUUUAGAUCUUUCCAUGAUAAAUCCAUGACAGGAGGAGCGGGUGGAUUUAUAUGGACAUCCAGUUUAUGUAUAGCAUCAAAUGUACAGUUAAUUUCUUCCCUAAUGAACUCUUGCAUUGUAGCGCAUUAAUGUAGCUAUCCGGCUUUUAUAUGAGACGAACAGACUUUCUAUUUACCCUAAAUAUGCAAAUAUCUAUGAAUUUGGGAUCUUUCCAUUUUAUGUUUGAAUUUAUAUGCCAGUUUGUACAAUGAUUUUGUGUCUUUAGGUACUUUUUUAAACAGUUAUGUACUUUCAUACAACACUAAUUUCUUAAUACGAACAUCAUUUAAAGCCAAACAUGUACAGUUGCAGAGAAAAACAUUGUGAACCCUCUGGAAUUACUGGGGUGUCUAAAAAAGCUUCUUAUACAUUGUUGACUAAUAUUUUCCAGGUCAACAUGAAUAAUUAAGCCAAUAACCCAGACAACUAGGUGUGCAACCUAUCCGUAUUGGUGGUAGCUGGUAGAACCUCCUUUAGCAGGAAUAAUGUUUAUGUAGGUCAGGGGUGUCAAAAUGAGUGUCAAACUCAUUUUCACUGAGGGCCACAUCUGCAUUAUGGUGGCCCUCAAAGGGCCGACGGUAACGUAUCCUGCUGUGAUUGUAGUCUGCCUUUUAAUUCUUGGACAAUUUGUUGUUUUUCUUGGAGGCUAAAUUCUGUGUUUGGUGUAAAAAUGCCAAAUUUAUUCUGUAUAUUUAUAAUGUAUAUCUACAUUUAUAUUGUUCUCCUUUACCACAGACACGGCCUUAUAACAAGAGACGUACCGGUUUCUCUUCUUGAAGCACAAACCUGUUUUAAUUUUCCCAUCUUUCAUUAAAUUCCCUUCUUUCUGCUUAAAUUUUCCCUUCUUCUACAUUUUGGGAUUAUUUGUAAAUAUUUCUUGUUGUUUCUUGCAACAUCACUUGUUGGAAAAUCGCUGAUGUGGAAACACUGCCAUCUAGUGGUGGGAUGCCAUCACUUUGAGGGACACAAAAUCGGCAUGCAUUGUGGGAGAUGCAGUUUAUAUAGGAUUUUACAGUGUAUUUUAAGACGAUCUUACGUCUUUUAAGCUCUCGCCGAAUCCAGCCCGCCACACCAUUUUAUGCGGCCUGCGGGCCUUGAGUUUGACACAUGUGAUGUAGAUGCUGAUGAGACCACUCUGGGAUUUCUUGUGUGAACAGUCCUCUUGCCUCGGUCACUCCAACCUCUGUUUUUUUGUUGUAUAUUAUUAAUUAGCUGUUGUGUUAUCCAACCUCCUUUAAGCUUUAGGUUCUGACCACUACCCUGUACUUCCUCUGUAGUCGCCCCAUACAAUGAUUUUCCCUCCACCUUAUGUUACAUUUAAAUUGUGCCUUUAGACAUAGCCGUUUUCAUUUUCGCCUCAUUGUCUCAACUAUUCCCCGAAGCUUCGUCACAGCAGUGUUAAAGACGUUAUGAUGGUCUUCUACAGUCUAGUGAUAAGCAAUAAUUCUAAGCGCAGUUGUUUUCUCACGUUGUACCACUAGGCAGUACCACUAGGCUUAGAUUGUAUACUGUUACAACUGUAAGUCGCUUUGGAUAAAAGCGUCUGCUAAAUGCCGAAAAUGUAAAUGUUGUGCCUUAACAUUAAAAUGAAUGAACACUCUUAUAUUGGGCGUACAGCUUCAGCAAGAUUUGAGCAAAUCUUACAGAUUUAUACUGGUCUUAUACAUAAAACUUUGAGUUCUUUGGUGGUGCACGCUGUGCUAUUGAUAUAAUCCUUGCAGGACAUCAAAUCCUAGAACAAAAUAGCAUUUUUUAUAUAGUUUGUCUUGUUGUGAAUAAAUAAAUGCUUGUGUAGCUUUAUACUCUUCCAUUAAUUGCAGACUCAAGACAUUUGUCUUUUUUAUUCAUCAGAACACUUAUUAGACUUUUUUGGCCAAAGUGUUUGCAUAUUUUCCAGCCUAGAUGGUAAAUUAAAAUCAAUGUUACCAAUGAAUAAUUUUUUAAUGUGUUAUUAUAUACAGUAUAUUAAUAUGACUGGGAUGAUGAUUACACUUGAAUAAUUCUAGAGGGUUCACAAACUUGUUCUUGCAGCUGUAUGUUUAAUUACCAUGUUUUACAGUGUUACAUUGUCUCUAAUACUGUGGUUUCCAGUAUAUACUACCUAUAUCAAUACAAAUAUCAAUACCUGUUGGCUUUUCUAAGUGAAUAUGAUGUGCAGUUUAUGAAUCGUUCCAUGGUGUGCAUGCUGUUUAGUGACUUUUGUUUCAUUUGCCAGGAGUGUGUUGCCAAACUAAAAGGACCGUUCUGUAUUCGGCACUAUGUUCAAGUGACAACUGGAUCAUUAAACCUACCAGUUUACAAAACUA